GCGCCGUUCCGUGAGGCGGUGGAUCGGGGGGAGAUCCCCGGUGUCCCGGGAGUUCCCACUGGGCUCUCCCAAACUGGGGCCAGACUGCCCCCUUCGACCCGGUGGCGGUGCCUGGAGCCCCUUCUCCGCCCGGAAUGGGGUUGUGCGACUGCCCUUGCACUGCCCUUCCUUUCCUAGGGGAUCCCCAGUACCCGUGUCUCCCCUGCCCCUCCGUAAUCAGGGGUAGCCAGGACCGUGUUUUUCCACCUUUGCUCAGGUGGUCAUAGAAUGGUUUGGGUUGGAAAAAAAAAUCAUCUUUGGGUUAAAAAUCAUCUCGUUCCAACGCCCCUGCCAGGGACACGGACGCCUUCCACAAGAUCAGGGUGCUCAUAAGCCCCAUCCGGCCUGGCCUUGAACACUUGCAGGAAUGGGGCAUCCACAGCUUCUCCGGGCAACCUGUUCCAGUGCCUCACCACCGCCAGAAUAAAGAAUUUCUUGCAUAUGCUAAGUAGCUGAAACUUCCCUUCUUUCAUUUUGAGCCCAAGGCAUUUGCCCUGUGAAUGCAAUAGUGAGACCUGAGUGCUGGGCCUGCUGGGGUGGGUGGCUAAAGUGACUGCACUACAGUGGUGCUUGGGCUGGCCUGUUGUGUAGAAGGUUGUUUUGUAGAAGAUUUUUUCCUACUAUUGUCUUUUUAGCCAGUGGUCUGAAGACUGAUGCUGUUUGGUCCACAGGAAAUAUUCAACAUUAAGCAACAUGCCUUCCACCAAACCUCCAAAUGAAAAUGAAACACCCACAGAGAGAAAACCAGGACUGAGGAGUGUUCAGACAACUAUGCUUUUCCGAGCUGUGAACCCAGAGCUUUUCAUUAAGCCUAACAAACCUGUGAUGGCAUUUGGACUGGUAGCAAUUAGCCUCUGUGUGGCCUACCUUGGCUAUUUGCAUGCAACAGCAGAGAAUAAAAAGGACCUCUACGAAGCAAUCGACAGUGAGGGGUCCAGAUACAUGAGGAGGAAAACUUCCAAGUGGGAUUGAGAAUGUAAGAAAGGAAAUCAGUAAAUCACUCACAGAACUUUUCCAGGCAACUACUGUUUUUUUCUCUUUCCCUUGAAAUUAUGGAGAAAUGUCUUGCUUGCUAUUUAAUCCAAUUCAAUCCUUUAUAAAAUGUUGUGCCUGUACAAAUAAACUGCAGUAAAGAUACAUCUGAAAAUAAAAGUGAUUAUAAGAAUUUC